AUGAAGGCCCUUUCACCAAUACACAGUUUACAUCACGUCCUGACCGUUGCUUCUGAUGUCAGGUUUAUUGAUCCUCAACAUAAUGCUGGUGACGUGGAUCUUUUACAUCAAAUCGGUUACAAGCAAGAAUUGAGACGUCACUAUACCACGUUGCAAGUCUUCGGUAUACCAUUUUCGAUUAUGGGGCUGAUUGUUCCAAGUGUGGCAUCAGUAAUUAGUAUGGGAUUAGCCUGUGGCCCAGCCGGACUCGUUUGGGGUUGGUUUAUUGCGGGUUGCCUAGUCUUUUGUGUCGGUGUUUCCAUGAGUUUUUUGGGAAGUGCCAUCCCAACCAGCGGUGGGCUUUACUAUUAUACAAAUUACUAUUGUCCUGACAGAUAUCGUGUACCCUUGAGUUAUUUGAUUGGGUGCUCAAACUCACUUGGGUUGAUGGGUGCUAUUUGUAGUGUCACCUAUGGUUUCGCUACUGAAGUGAUGUCAGCUGUUUCAAUAUCAACUGAUAAUAAUUUCGAAAUCACAAAUGCAAAAACUUAUGGUGUGUUUGCUGCAUGCAUCGUGACGGUCACAGUCAUAUCGAUCUUGACAUCUAGGAAAGCAGAAAAGUUACAAUUCAUGUCGAUAGGUGUUAAUGUGUUUUUGAUGUUGUUGUUUUUCAUUGCCGUACCAAUUGGAUAUUCAAGACACAAUACCUUUAACUCAAGAGGGUACAUAUUUGGAAGGUACGAGAAUUCAAGAGAAUGGCCGAUUGGUUGGAGUGCUAUCAUGUCUUUUAAUACCGCUAUUUGGGCUAUUGGAUCCUUUGAUUCAGUGAUUUAUUGUUCAGAGGAAGCUAUUAAUGCUCAAAGAUCUAUUCCUGUUGGAAUAUUGGGAUCCAUUACUGCAGUCUGGGUUUUAGGAUGGACAGUUAACAUCGUUUGCGCAGCUUGUAUUAAGGAUGGCGAUACUGCUCGCGUUCUUACUUCGGAAACGGGUUCACCAAUAGCUCAGAUAAUUUACGAUGCAUUGGGGAAGAAAUGGGCAGUGGCAUUUAUGUCAUUGAUUUCCGUGGGGCAAUAUCUCAUGGCAGUCUCAUUCAUAACUGCUUUGUCAAGACAAAUCUGGUCAUUUGCCAGAGAUGACGGCUUACCAAUAGUUUACGAAUUUGUCAAAUACGUCAACCCAAAGUUGAAAGUGCCAGUGAGAGCCACAAUAUUUGCUGGCACUUGUGCGUUGAUAAUGGGGUGUUUAUGUAUCAUUCCUGGAACUGCUGGAUCUGGUGCUUUGUUCUCCCUCGCUAUUGCAUCAACUAAUUUAGCAUGGGGAAUGCCAGUACUUCUUGUCAUUUUGCCCUAUGGUAGGAAAAAGUUUAUUCCAGGACCAUUUUAUUUCGGAGAUACUUUGAGUUAUACCAUCAACUUUAUCACAGUUCUUUAUAUUUUCUUUGCAAUCAUCAUGAAUAUGUUCCCCGACAACAGACAUGUUGAUAAAGACAGUAUGAAUUACACUUGUGCAAUAAAUGGAGGUGUGUGGUUAUUGUCCGUUAUUUACUACUAUGCAUGGGGUUGGAGGAGCUACACUGGUCCUAAGUCUAACCUUGAUGGUUUAGAUUCAGAAGAAGAGGUUAGUGAUAAGAAACUCGACAAAGUAUUGGAGGAGAAGGAAAGUGCUUGA